AUGGGGGAGCGUCUGAGCACGGCCAGCUCCCCGCCGGAGCCAGACGGAGCCGCCCCCCAGCCGCGUCUCUCCGGCACGGAGACUCAACCUCCGCUCCCCACCGUCAGUGGAAGGACACCGAGGCCACAGCAAGAGGACGAUGCUGGACCGCCGCCUGCUGAACCGCAAGGCCAGGAGGCCGGCGACGGUGGCGGGGCUCCCUCGGAGGAGGGUCCACGCUCGGAAGCACCAAGUAGCAACAGCUGCCGGCUUCCUUUGAGGCCCGUCUCCCGGGCGGAGAGCGAGCAGUCCCACGACGGCCCGCCUGCUCCUCCAACUCCAGGAGAGGGCCGACAAGGAGACCCCCCGCCCGCUGUCUCGCCGCCGCCGCCCUCCCAGCCAAGUGUAGUGGGAGCUGGAGGAAAAGGGACCCCUUCCGGAAACGUCGAGGUUGACCUGUACCUUCUGCCCGAAUCUUUCUCCGGGCUGAUCUCCGGCCCCCUCCUGGUGCUCUCUUGCCGCGUCUGUCUGGAGGAGAAGCCCCUGAAGCCGCUGCCGUGUUGCAAGAAGCCGGUCUGCGAAGCGUGCCUCAAGCGCUAUCUCAGCUCGCAAGUACAGGUGGGCCAAGCAGAUAUCCCUUGCCCGAUUACAGAGUGCAGUGAACAUCUGGAUGAAACCACCAUUCUCUUCAAUUUGCCACAUGAUGACAUCAUCAAAUAUAAAUACUUCCUGGAACUUGGCCGUAUUGGCUCAAGCACCAAGCCAUGCCCUCAAUGCAAGCACUUUACAACCUUCAAGAAAAGAGGUCAUAUUCCGACCCCUACCAAAACGGAGAACAAGUACAAAAUCCAGUGCCCAACCUGCCAAUUUGUGUGGUGUUUUAAGUGCCAUUCCCCGUGGCACGAAGGUGUCAACUGCAAAGAGUUCAAAAAAGGAGACAAACUGCUACGUCACUGGGCCAGUGAAAUCGAACAUGGGCAAAGAAAUGCUCAAAAGUGUCCAAAGUGCAAGAUUCAUAUUCAGAGAACAGAAGGCUGUGACCAUAUGACUUGCUCACAAUGCAACACUAACUUCUGUUACCGCUGUGGGGAGAGAUAUCGCCAGCUUCGUUUCUUUGGAGAUCAUACAUCAAACCUCAGUAUAUUUGGAUGCAAAUACCGCUACCUCCCUGAAAAUCCACAUUUAAGGAGAUUAGUGAGAGGCUCUGUCUGUGGUAAGUGGG